CAUAAUCGCGCGAACUAUAAUUGUAUACUAACAGUAACGACACAUCACAUUCUCAGUCAUUACAACACUUAAAAUGGUAAAGUCACUGAAGAAAAAAGAGAAGCCAAAGGUUGAUGAGAAGCAGACUAAAAUUUCUUUUUUCUUUGAGAAUAAACCUGCUAAGACUUGUGACAGUAAGCUGUUUACAAAUGUUUCUUCAUUGCCUGAAAAAAAACCAACUAAAGCAUCAUUGUCAAAUAAAUGUGCAGAUAGACUAAAUCAAGGAGGCUCUCACGGAAAACAUUCUGUAAAAAGCCACGUAGAGGAUAAUAGUUUGGUCAUUAAUAUUGAUGAUGAAGACAGUGAUCUCAAUUCAGAAAACUCUAAUGAUAUCAAAGAUAAAAUGUUAUUGACUGAGGAUACCCAUGCUUCUAAUCACUCAUCUACUUUGCAAAGCUCAUCUAAUAAAAGCAUUACAUCAAUCACAGCAACAGAAAAAAUUGACAUUCUCAGUGGAGAAUCUUUUCAAACUCCAACAAAAGCUAAUCCAUUAAAAGCAAGGCCAUAUUCUGAAGUUGAAAGUAGUCCAGAUAUUAUUUGUGAAACUCCAGAUGCAGAAAGAGUUAUGAAAGAUGCUUCAUUUAGAAACAAAAAAAAGAAUGCUUACACCAGAAGUUUUCUUAGUUCCCCUGAUUUGGUUAGUGUCCAACCAGGGCUAAAGCCAGCUCAUUUAAGAACUCUUGUGGGGAAAAAGUGUAGGAAAAUUCAAGGCGCUGUUAGUAUCAGCUUUAACAAAGUCAGCCCUAACAAAACAAAUGAACCACUCUCUAGUUGUUGUAAUGAAACUUACAACACGACAACAAACGCAUGUGUUGCUGAAGCUGUUAGUAAUAAUAGUAGCACAUUUCAAACUGGCGCAAUUUGUGACACUGGUAAACAGAACAAUUUUAGCAUUCCAGAAACUCAGGUGCUUUUUGAUGACAGUUUUACUGCUUCACAGAGUUUCAUAGGGGUAGAAAUGGUUGGGGAUAAACAGAAACAAGAAAGUAAUUUUCAGCCGUUUAAGUUUGAAUGUAAUACAGAUGAGUCUGAUACUUCUAAAACCAAACCAGUGGAGAACAAAGAUGGGGGUAGAUUCAAGUCAAAGCUGAUAAAUGCUUUGGAAAGUGCAGAUUCCAAGGAAGAGGAAAUUGCUGAAAGUAAAUGGUUGAAUGAAAGGUUGCUAAAACAUUUUACCAAUGAUAUGUUCAGUUGUGCUAGCAAAAGUGAGGAAACAAAUAAAAAGUCAGAUACAACACCAGUAAAAAUUUACCCUGGCUCAAAGUUAACUAUCAAAAGACAAGCAAAGACUGGAUUGUCUCCAUGCUCGAAGCGCCUACCAUUAGCCGGCGUUAACAAUGUCUUGAAUUCGCCUGAGACCUCAGCAGCUGAUCUUGUACAUAAAGCCAAGAAAUCUUUAUACCUUGAUGGGGACAAAGUCGUGUCAGAAACAUUUGAAACUAAAGACAAAUGUAGCAAAUUCACUAAACAAAGAGCCUAUGCAUUUGGUUAUAAAGAAAAAAAUGACUCGACCAGUAGUGCAAAAUCUGUCACACUUGCCGAUGAUGACUUGUUAGCUGAUUUAUUGUGCAAGCUGGACCCGCCUGUUCAGCAGUCUGAGACAAAAACUACAAAACCCAUACCAGUCAACCACAGGUCAAACAGGACUGCUGAUUUAGAAAACAGACCCAAACCUAUAUUCAACAAAAAAAUGCUUUCUGGUAAUGCUAGUAAACCCAUGCAAUGUGAAGAUGAAAUGUUGAAUAAAUUAUUUGGAAAAGAAAUAGAUGAAGAAAUUAUAGAGAAUGAAGAUUUUGAUUUCACAACAAAAGACAAUCCAUCUUUACCUCAGGAAAAUAGCUUAACAACCAGAGAUAAAAUGUCUGUUGGUGAUGGGAAUUCUGGUGAACCUAUUGUGAUUGAAGACUCAGAGGAGGUAUUAGAGAUUAUUGAAGACUUGACAGACAGUCGAUUAACAGAAGUAUUGUCUUCUUCCAUGUGUAUCAAAAUGUCUGACAGCUUUGGAGAAGAACUGAACAAGGAGAUGCAUAAGGAAUCUGUGAAGGAAUUCAAGUUCAUUGAUUUGUGGCAAAGAUUCACAAUUUUAGAUGUUGUUUGGAAUGGUAACAGUGAGCUUCAUUUGAUACUACUGUCUUCAAAAAAUGGGCAACAAUCCAAAUGCAUUUUGAAAGGUUUUUGGUUGGAUGUACAUGUAACUAAAACAGAUAUUGUGAACAUCAUAGGAGAAUUUAACAGUGGCACUUGUGUUAUUGAUGAUAAAAAUGGCCUCCUUAUUGUAAAUCCUGAUGUUCUCUUAUCUGGUACACUUGUCGUAUCAUCUGUAUUUUGUGCAAGGAAAUCUGUUUUAAAUGAGAAAUUUAAGGGGAUUGACAAGGGAAACAUACAGAUGCUCUAUGGCAGUAUUAUACAUAGCCUUUUUCAAAGAAUAAUGAAAGAGAGAAUAAGAACUGAUGUAGAUGUCCUUGAACUUGCUAAAUCUCUACUGAUGUCAAACAAAUUUUUGCAUGAAAUGUAUGACAACAAUGUUGAAGAAAAGGUAGUUCUAGAAGAAAUCAAGAACUACAUUCCUUCCAUUUUUGAUUGGUUGAAGAAACACACUCUGUGGUCUGGGGGAAAGAAGUCAGAUGUUAUUGUUACAGAAAUCCAUGACAUAGAAGAAAAUAUAUGGUCGCCCAGGUUUGGAAUUAAAGGCAAAAUUGACAUGACAGUGAAAGUAAAGGUGAAAUUUAAAAUUUGUUUUAAAAAUGAACAAGUUAAAGUUGUCCCCCUUGAACUGAAAACUGGAAAAGCCAGCUUUUCAGCUGAACACAAAGGACAGGUGACUCUUUAUUCGAUGAUGUACUCGGACCGCAGAGAAGACCCAGAGGAAGGAUUAUUGCUGUAUCUCAAAACUGGACAGAUGGAAAGUGUUCCCGCAAAACCAGAAAGUAAAAGUGGUCUUAUUCAGUUAAGAAACCAGAUGGUGCAUUACCUUACUCAACAAGUACAGCAGACUAACUCUCCAGAAAAUGAGGUUCAGUUUAGUCUUGGUCAGAUGCCAGAACCAAUCAACAGACAAAAAGUCUGUUGUAAUUGUCCUCACUUACUCAACUGCAGCAUUUACCAGAGGUCAGUGGAGAGCCGAAGCUUACCUGUUGAUCAUGCUAUGACCACACUUGUCCCAGAAACCUUAGCCCACCUCACACAAGAAGACCUGGACUACUUCAAAUUUUGGAUCCUGUGUUUAGACAUGGAGUCAACCAAGAAAGAUCUUAGAAAAAUUUGGUCAAUGUCAAGCAUUGAAAGAGAAAAGGCAGGAGACUGUUUGAGCAAUUUAAUUAUCUCACAUUCUGAGCUGGGUAUUGCAGAGUCACAAAGUUUUAAUGAAGGGAAAGGAUGUUCUCUUACUUUCAAGAGAGAUAAUAGUGCCUCAGGUCCACCACUCAAUACAGUAGGUUUGAAUACAGGAGAGAUGGUUGUGAUAAGCUCUGAAGAUGGUCGGUUCAUUGCUCUGGCUACUGGGUUCAUUCGCAAGGUGUCCCAGUGUCUAGUGGAAGUUAUUGUCGACAGGGACUACCUGCAUGACACAACCUCUUUUGCUGAUAUAAAAUUUAGACUGGAUAGAAAUGACAGUUUCAGUGCCGCAGAAUAUUUGUAUACAAACCUUUCUAAACUCAUGGAACCUUCACCCAGAUCAAAAAGAUUAAGAGAGCUAAUUAUUAUGAAGAGCAAACCUCAAUUUGAUCUCAAAAUUUCAAAGUCUUGGGUUGAGAAAGUCAAGCCAGUUUUCAAGAAAUUAAACAAACCACAGAAGGCUGCCAUAUUGAAAGUACUGAUGGCCAAAGAUUACAUUUUAAUUAAAGGUUUUCCUGGAACAGGAAAAACCUCAACAAUUGUUGCUUUGGUAAAAAUUUUACAACAACUUGGGCUCUCUGUACUCCUCACCAGCUACACACAUUCCGCUGUAGAUAACAUUUUAAUGAAGUUGAAAGAGGAUGAUGUACGAUUUUUGAGAUUGGGACGAAGAGGCCGCAUCCAUCCUUCUAUAUUACCUCACUGUGCAGAAAUUUUAACAUCCGACCCUAGUAUCAACUCUGUGCAGAAGUUAAAAGAAUUUUAUGAUUCAUUUGAUAUAGUCGCAACAAGUUGUUUGGGCAUUAAUCACGCAAUCUUCAAGCAAAGAAGUUUUGAUGUUUGUAUAGUGGACGAGGCAUCUCAGGUGCUUCAGCCUGCUUGUCUUGGUCCACUCUACCACUGUAAGAAGUUUGUUUUGGUGGGAGAUCCCAAACAGUUGCCACCUGUAGUAAAGAGUAAAGAUGCAAGACAACUGGGCAUGGAUGAGAGCAUGUUUGCCAGACUGGAUGGCUGUGGGGCCACAUACAACUUAUGCCUACAAUACAGAAUGAACAGAUGCAUUAUGGAAGCAAGUAACAAGCUAGUUUAUCAAGGACAGCUGCAGUGUGGGAAUGAAAUUGUAUCAGAACAGUGUAUACAGCUUGACUUAAAUUCUAUUCAGUCCUGCCCAUCUUGGGUGAAGGAAGUGUUAGAUCCAAAGUUAGAGAGAUCUGUAGUUUUUCUGGAUGUUACUUCAAAUGAAUCGCAGGAGUUUUCUGAUGGUAAAGGAUUUGUAAACACUUUUGAAGCAGACUUGGUGUUGUCUCUUUUACAAAAUCUUUCACAGGCUAGUGUAAAGUUGGACUCUGUUGGAGUGAUAUCUCCAUACAGGUCACAGGUCAACCUAUUGCAGUUUAAAGUUCAGACAGACCCACAAUUAAUGGAUGCUGAAGUGAAUACUGUGGAUCAGUACCAAGGCCGAGAUAAAAGUGUUAUUAUUGUUUCAUUUGUCCGUACUCAGACCGAAAAUGCUGGUGAACUUUUAAAAGACGUUCGUCGACUCAAUGUUGCUAUAACUCGAGCUAAGCACAAGCUAAUUCUGAUUGGCUCAGCAAAAACAUUGAAAACAUAUGAUCAUCUGUUGGUUCUGCUGACAUGGUUGGAAGAACAAAAUAAUAUUAUAAAAUAUCAAAGCCAGUAAAACAGGCAAGAAAGUUCAGUUUGUAUCAAGAAGGUAGUUUUGGGCUCUGAAUGUCUGCAAGUAGAUACUAUUCUCAUAUUAUUGCAACAUAUAUUAGCCGAAUGUGUUCAAAGAGAUGAUU